CGAUGGAGGAAAGGCGACGUUGUUACCAGGGAGAGAGGGUGCGAGUCGUAUGUAACUCGUGAUCCCUCCCUCCACAUACGUCUCAAGUCUUCCCGCACGGAUAUACACAAUGUUGGCAAUUAGCACGUACUGGAGUUGAGAUAUUCUGACAGUUUUCCGAGAGCGGAUCUUGUCUACAAAGCCACUUGAGACGUCAGGGAUUCCUGUAUGUAGAUAAACGUACACCAGCCAUAUAUGGAUAGCCGUGAGUCGUUGGGAAACACUGUGUAGGCUUCCGUUGUGGUGUGAUGUCAUCGGAUGUGCUAUUCCAUGGACUAUAUGCACUGAUGUGCUAGUUACAGACAACGAUGUUUAACAUUGGCAAGGUAUGACGCUUGAUAAUAUUUCGCAGGAGACAAUUCUGGUGGCGGUGCCAGUGUCUACCUCCGACUUCAACGACACCGGCAACAGCGAUUCCAGCGACUUCCUUAGCCACGCUAUUACCAAUGUUCUUAUCACCAUCUUCGCGUGCAUUAUCAUCCUCGCAACCGUCAUCGGUAACCUGAUGGUUAUUGCAGCAGUUCUUGUAGAACGACGACUACGGAAGGUAGGGAACACCUUCAUCAUAAACCUUGCUGUGAGCGACAUUCUCGUUGGAACGCUUGUUACCCCUAUGGCGUUGGCAUAUCAGUUGAUCGGGGAGUGGAAAUUUGGACGCCCGUUCUGUGAUUUCUGGAUCUCCAUGGACGUCAUAUGUUGUACGGCCAGUAUUGCUAACUUGUGUGUAAUCAGUUAUGACAGAUUUAAUGCUAUUACCCAACCACUGAGAUACGCCCGUAAGAGGACUUUCAAGAGGGCGAUGAUUUCGACACUCUCAGUUUGGGCAUAUUCUGUGUUAAUUGCUGUGCCCCCAUUUCUAGGAUGGCGAGAGCCUGUUGAUGACACGCACAUGAACGAGUGUCAGAUCUCUCAAGAUAAGGGCUACACCCUAUAUUCUACCAUUGGUGCCUUCUAUCUGCCAUUGCUCUUCAUGCUGUUUUCCUAUAUACGGAUAUACAGAGUAACCAGUAGAAGGACUCGACAAUGGCGGAGAGGCCCUGGUUCAAGCAAAAUGAUAACGGAACGUCAUAGUGACCAAGAGGCUGCGAAUUUCAAACUUUUAAGUCUGAAAAAUUCAAAUGAGGUAUGUCCCACUGCCAACAACGCUGAACAAACAGUUCAAGAAAAAAGUAGCUCAACCCCCGAGUCCCAAGUGCCCCCACUGCCAACGUAUGGGACGUAUGGACAAGUAGAUGGUAGUGAAAUACCAUGCCCCCAGCGACCCUCACUCUCAGGUCCCAACACUGGUUCCUCCCGCCCUCCUCGCUCAGCUUUCCCAAAGAAGUUGAUACGUCAGAUUUCCAACCUCCCGAGCAGUGACAGCAGUACAACUACUUCAACAUCUACGACCGCGAGCUCAGAGACCACGACUGAUAGUUUUCUCGAUAAAAGGGCUUCUAUAAAAACCGCGAUCCUUCUCGAAAGAAAAGACUCAAUGUUCAAGGUCUUCCAAGAUUCUAAUCCUAACUACAGAAAGAGUGUUACGUUCCUGAUGCCGGCUCCAGUCCCCGCUGAUGGGAGCAGCGAAGAGAAGGAUGUUUCUGUCGAUGAAGUCUCUCGGUACACAGUGCACAUCAACAAAGACAAUCGUCGUAAGAAAAAGAAAAUUUCGGUGUCUCAAGAAAAACGUGCUGCAAAAACACUUAGCAUAGUGAUGGGGUGUUUCAUCAUGUGUUGGCUUCCAUUCUUCUUAGUGGCCCUGAUUGAACCAUUAUGUACUGAGUGUGAGCUACAUCCGUCCUUGGUGGGCGUUGUCCUCUGGAUGGGCUACUGUAACUCGGCUCUCAAUCCUAUAAUAUACACAUUCUUCAAUAAGGAUUUCAGGUACGCUUUCAAAAAGAUGAUCACCUGUGGACAAAAGAAAACGGCAACGCUUUUAUAAACUGGAAACUUCUUAUCCGUGAGAGGAUCUUAUGUUUAAGAUGCUGGACCCAUUGUGUUAAAUGUGACAUUCCCAAAAGCCAAAUAGUUGCUCCUUCGAAAGUGCUGUGCCAUGAACAUUAGUGCUGUGGAUUAAUGCUUGUCAUUAUCAUAAGAUCACUGAACGUUGACCUCUAAGGGAGAGAACUCUAAAGCCACCAAUCCCUAUAUGUACAGUGGUAUCCUGUUUGUUUCUGUAUACUUGGAAUACGGGUGUUAGCGAAGCUCGGAGUUUAAGAGUGAUCUGAUCUCAAAAGGCUGUGAUUGAUUGACUGCUGUUGAUAUAUAUAUGUAGUAUCAAAACGAUUAACAAAAAACUGUUUGUAACCAUGUUAUCUUCAUUGUUAACUUUAUAUUUUAAUUUAUUGUUUGUUUCAAACUAUUAUAUUUCCACAAUAUAGUCAUGCUUGUAAUGCUUGCGAUGCCAUGCUUGUCAUGAAAACUUGCUGAACUUGUAUAAAAAUUCAACUCGAAACGUUUUUCGUUGUCUGACAACUCAUUACGGAUGGAAAGUAUUAAUUAGUUCUUCAAGAGAACGUCUGAUAUACCUACAUAAUAUUGCAUCCGUUGUGGGGACAUUUGAGCAGCAGUUUUCUGAUUGUGAGCACAAAAAUCCCUAAUAGUACUGUGAAUCUGUGCCUAGGAAACAUUUCAACAAACAUAUUUAUUCAUUUAAUUAUGUCAUUUAUCUACACAUGUUAUAGCUAUUCCAGCCAUUACUUGCAUGGAUGUAUAACCGAUGGAGAUACCAUAAACCAGUAUAUGAAAACAUUAGUGUUAUUGUACUGACCACAAAACAAUGUGUUGGAAUGUGCUACUUAAAAUAUAUUAUAUAACGUCUGUAUAUUACAAUGUAAUU